AUGUCAAACGAGCAACCAAACAUUAAAGACCCCAAAUAUGUGUUCUCGGAGACAAAAGCCUUGCUCAUGUCUUGUCAUCCAGGAGAUAACCAAUCAGCCUCAGUUUAUGACCUCAUGACUGGUAUCACCAAGUACAUUGCUCAAAAUAAGCCAUCACAAGCAUUCGAUCAGUUCGAGGAGAUUUCACGAUUCAUUAAGCUUGAAAUGGGGAUGGGAAAUACACUGGGUGGUGUCCCCACUAAAAAGCCUAAAACUCCAGAAGCCGAAUUUGCAGAGAAGGAAAGAACUCUAUAUUCCCAUCCAGAUCAUGUGUGGAACAAACCACCAUUAGUAGAGACAAACUUGCCCGAGUCAUACUCUGGGAACUUUGAGGAGGACCCUGAGGAAACCGAGGUCCUUGGAAAUGUCUGUCAAGAAUUCUCUCUUAUUGAACAAUCUGGAAUCGGUAUGAUCAAUGCUUUAUAA